AUGGCGUCGCCAUCUCGCGGUCAUUUCCCUAACCGUCCAAAUGGAGAUAGCGGUGAGUGUGCCGGUGCAUCCAGUCGGGACGGCAUCCCCGUCAUCGACCUGGGCAUCCUCCUGAACGGCGACGCCCAGGAACAGUCGCGGGCGAUCCGGGACCUCGGCCGGGCCUGCGAAGAUUGGGGAUUCUUCAUGGUGAUUAACCAUGGGGUGCCCGAGGCUCUCCAGGAAGCAGUGAUGGAGGCGUGUAAGGAACUGUACAGCUUACCAAGGGAGGAGAAGGCAGAGUACAUUGCUGCUGGCCCAAAGGAUCCUAUACGUAUCGGAACAGGCUUGUUCUACUCUGAUGUGGACGAUGCCGUAUGUCGGAGGGACUAUUUGAAGAUGAUUGCUCACCCAGAAUUCCACUGUCCUGCAAAGCCUGCAAACUUGAGGGAGAUCACUAUGGAGUACUCUAUUCGCACGCGGGAGCUACUGCUGGAGCUUGCGCAGGCAAUCUCUAAGAGCCUGGAACUUGACGGUGGUCGGGUUUCUGAGGCCCUAAACCUUGAGUCCUGCUUCCAGAUCCUUGUCGGGAACAAUUAUCCACCUUACGCUGGCUCAGAUCGGGUUAUGGGAAUUUCGGCUCACUCUGACCAUGGCCUUCUCACUGUGCUCUUCCAAAAUGGUGUUGAUGGCCUCGAAGUCAACCACAAUGGGCAGUGGCUCCUCGCAAAGCCUCUUCCAGGCUCACUCUUCAUUAUCACCGGCGAUCAGUUGGAGAUUGUGAGCAAUGGAAGGUACAAGGCUGUGGUCCACCGUGCACUGGUCCGUGGUGAGCAUACCAGGAUGUCGUUUGUUAGCAUGAUCGGACCAUGCCUAGAUGCCAUCGUCGAGCCAGUCCCAGAGCUGGCACGGUCUGCCCCCCAGGGCAUGGAGUUCCGAGGAAUCAAGUACAGGGACUACAUGGAGCACCAGCAGAGCAGCAGGAUCAAUAAGAAAGCAGCGCUAGAUAUUGUUCGCGUGCAGCAUAACAUAUUGACAUGUGAAGGGACACCAAACAAUUGAACAGAGGCUGCUUCUGGAGGUUACAGUCAUACAAACUGAUAUGCUGAAGAUUUAUGUCCUAGCAAGCAAGGAAUCAGUACACACCAUGGCAUAGUAUUUGCAAAAUCAGCAAGCUCCAUCUUUGAAGGGGUACUAAUUCUGCAGUACAGACAGAAGAUAGAUUGAUGAUACAUUCUCACUACUGGGUGGGCAUGGACAAUAACAAAGCAAGUGCAAGAGCCUAGUGUGUUGCUAAAGUGUGACCUGAAUUGAUAGGGAGUGUAUGCUUGCUUGGUCACAUUUGGUGAACCCUUGUCUUCAAUGGUUCUUGGAGAUGAAUAGUAUAAAGUACGCUUCGCAUGUGGAAAGAAGAAUAGACAAUAUUCCACUGUAAUUUAGGGGUGU